AUGUCUACACCCGAGGAGUCACCGGCCCAGCGCGCCGCACGCCUGCGGCGUGAGCGCCGUGAGGCUAAAAUCAAAGAGGGAGGUUCGGCGCGCCUGGACAAGAUCACAAGUCUCAGCGGCCGCACACCGCAACCAGUGCCCGAAGAAGAAGCCUCACCAUCUCCUAAAACUGCAGUCUCGCCAUCCCCGUCUCCCGUACCAGAGAUCCGGCCCUUGCCUUCACCCCGACCUGAAAUGUCGCCCGCAGACGACCUUCAAGCCCAGCAGGAAGCUUUCCGUGCCAUGCUACGGCAGGUGGCCCCGGAGCAAGGACAAGGCCAACAGUCAAGCGAUGUGGAGGACCCGACACUGAAACUUCUGAGCAAUCUCUUGGGGGCCAUGCCAGGCGACCCGAACACACCUCCACCAGGUAUCCCAGGUGCCCCAGAUGCUCUGCCCGGACAGUCGCAGCCUGGAUUCUCACCGGGUGUCAUUGCAUCUGCUCUCGGCCUGCCACCAUUCAUUGCGAACAUGAUAGGAGGAGCGACUCAACCGCUAACCGCAAAGGAGCAAAAGUCUCUCCGAAUGUGGAAGGGGCUACAUGUCAUUUUCGCGCUCGGUGUAGCUAUUUACCUGCUGUUCAUCAUUGGAACAUCGGUUGCGAUGUUCGGUAGCCCACCACCGAAGCCUGCCACCGCGCAAAACCCGUUUCUGAUCUUUGUUACCGGCGAGAUGGUUCUCACUGGAGGAAGAAUGUUACUUGGUGGAAAACAAGGGGGUGUUGGGAUGGUAAUCCAGCUUUUCAGGGACAUCAUUCGAGAUGGAAGUCUCGUGCUAUUUGCACUGGGCCUGGGUGCCUGGUGCACUCGCGAGUGGCAGGCUGUUGCCUACUAG